AUGGCUUCAUCGUCUUCAAACAACAUUGACCUUUCCGGGCCCACUUACUGCGUGCUGAGUGGAGCUUCUCAGGGCAUCGGGCGAGCCAUAGCUGUAGAGAUAUCCAAACUCCUUGGUCCAAACUCUCUGAUGCUGCUGCUGGCACGUAACAAGGCAGAACUUGCCCUAACAGCAAGCCUGUGCGAAUCUGACAAGGUAAAAGUUAUAUUUAACUCCAUAGACUUGUCUAAAGCAUCCAAUGAUGAAACAAAAGCUGUUCUGAAUAAUUCGCUAGCAGGACGGAAAGUCACUGACUUCACCACCAGUCUGAUUUUCCACAAUGUUGGGUCACUUGGAAACUUAGCUGUGGAGACUUUCCGCAUGGAGAACAUAGAAGAACUGAGAGACUACUAUGACCUUAAUGUUUUUAAGGUGAUCGGCUUGAACACCCAAUUUCUGAAGAUUUUUGAGGAAGUGGAGGAUAGGGUCGUUAUUGUGAACAUUACGUCUCUGUGCGCUAUCAAGCCAAUGAGUGGCAUGGCAUAUUACUGCAGUGGAAAAGCAGCUCGGGAGAUGUAUUUCAAAGUGCUUGCAGAAGAAAAGAAGCACAUUAGAAUUUUGAACUACUCCCCCGGACCAGUAGAAACAGCUAUGAUUGAUUAUGUGUUAGCGGAAACAGUGAAUGAGAAUCUCAGAGAUGUGUUCACCACAUUUAAGAAUCAGGGUACUCUUCUGAAGCCAGAGAUGACGGCUAAGAAGUGUAUGCGGGUGUUGCAAGCAGGCAGGUUUGCUCCGGGCGAGCAUGUUGAUUAUUUUGAUGAUGAGUAAUCUUAAUUGUUACUUAAGGUUACAGGAUAUUUAGCUGGAGUUCUUCGUAACAAUUUAAAUAAGUGCCAUUUUUAUAACAAGUGUUUUUAUUCUUCGUACAUGAUCAUUAUUGUUACCUAAAUGUGUGCAUAAAAGUAGUUAUUUAUUAGCUCUGUGUAACAACUUAUUCUAUUUCAAUUUACCUUCAUUAAAAACAUAAAAUGCCCAAACUAAGGCCUAGAGAAACAAUCAUUUGUUUCAAACAUUGUAAUUAUACUUAGAACUCCUUUUAAAUAUUCUAGU